GUGGACCAAGACUCCUGCAUUCAUGGAGAAAAACCUUACCUUAAUGACGAAGGGACUGAACGAGUUGCGGAAGACGAGUUCCCUGCAGCAGCCGAACCCCCUGUGCAAUCACCCAGAGAGCAGAAAACUUCUUCCUAGCAAAGCAUUUCACGCUAUCAGGAAGUACUAUGAGAAACUGGCUGAGGAUCAGAGGAUGAGCUCUUCGGUAUCGGACUACAUUCCCGACACGGAGGACCUGCAAAAGUGCUUUCAGAAGCGGCCAGGAUGCCCCCAGUACUGUCACCGGGGGACGUCAACAGCCCCCCUUGAAAACACUUUACGAGUCAGGAAUCUCCCUGUCAACCUCAGCACCGUGAGUCUGACUUCCCAGGUGUCCUUGGAUGAUUGGAACACCCUUCUCCAAAAUCCUGAGUUCUUGGAUUCAAGGUGUCGCUUCAGAUUCUAUCCUUCUUCAUCCUUCGAAUGUGUCCCUGGGCUGCCGAAGCAGAAGAGUUUCACGGAAGACAUCAUUCCCCAAGCCCAGGUCAAAAAGGACUCAGCAAGCAAGAUUCCAUGGUACCUCCCUGUGCUUCAUGAGAAGGAUCAGUCUCUUAAUAGGAUGGGAGAGGAACUGGCCCGCCUCUCUCCCUUUGAAGCCGAGUGUAUUCGGAAGGAUGGGGUGAUUGAAGUCCUGAUGGAGGAAGUGCAGACGCUGCAGAAUCAGUUGGACCAACUCCAGAAAUUGCAAGCCGUCACUCCAGAGAAACCUCCAGAUCAGAAGCGUGUCUCAGACGCUUGGGCGAAAGGGGACGUCACCAAACUCCCCACGCUUGGCAUCAGUCCCUCGGUCCGACACAGGCAGAAGGGCAUUCCCUUGAUCUGCUUGGAUCAGACAGACAUCCCGGAAGAGCUCCGUCAGGAAGUCAAGUGCCUGGAAUUGGAGCUGAGCCAGCCGGAGGAGACAUUGGACUCGAAAGUGUUGCUUUUGAGCAUGGAGCUUUUGAAGGAUCAGGAGGAACUGGAGCAGCUGGAAAAGGAGGGGCUGUUGGGAACUGAGGAGGAGACACUUUCAAGCAGCGGAUCGAAAGCGGGCGAAAUGGAGUCGGAUCUGGAAGAAUCAGAGAACGCCUUGAUCCUGUACAAGCUUCUGGAGUUUCAGAAGGUGAACGAAAUGCUGUAUGAGGAGCUGCAGAAAAUGCAGAGCGAGUACGACCUGGCGACAGGCGCGAUUUCAUCCCUGCAAAGGCAGUUGUCCUUUGAGGGGUCCCAACUGCGGAAAGCUCACAUGGACCAAGAAUUGUUGCAGAAGGAGCUGUGGGAACGAGGCGAGCAGCUGGAAGCCAUGUCGAACAAGUUUUGCAACCUGCGGGAGGAGAGGAAGCACCAAGAAUUGAUGGGCUCCAUUGAGGGAGAGAAUUUCAAACUUCGGCAGGAGGUGGCCAGGCUGGAAGGCCAGCUGGCAGAGAAAAGCCAGCUGGUCGGCAGCUUGCAAAGCAACCUCAGCCAGCUCCAGUCCGAGCUACUGGUGAGCCACUACCACUCCGGGAAGCAGCUGAGCAGCCAGAGUGAGCUGCAGAAGCAGCUGGAGAUCUUACAGCGUGUGGAACAGCAGACCAGGGUCACUCUAGAGAGCAUCAGUGCCCGGUUUGAAAGGUUUCGGAGCAAAAUCAUCCAGGCCACCUACAGCACGCCCGGCACCAAGUCUCCGCAGGGAGAAAUCACGGACGAUGAGGUUUUAGAGGCCCUGCAGAAAAUUAUUACCGACCGCCUCGACUUCCACCAAAUGUUGAAACAGAAAGGGGUGAAGGUCCCAUCGCUCAGCUCCGAACCUGCCCCGCCACCUGCUCAUAAGAAAAAAACUGUCAGCAAAUAGGAAAACCCCCCUUUUUUAAAUACAUUUCCUGCAUUCCUGUUCUACUCCUGAGCUGUUCCUUUUCCUGUCUCCAAUUAAACGAUUGCGCUCA